CUCCUAGUCUGUGUGCCACGUCAUUACUGUGCAGGCAGGCAGUGGGAGGGAGAAAUGUGUCACGUUGAAAUACUUUUCUGUCUUUGGGGUUUGGUUGGGUACUCAUUCAUUUAAGAAGGCUUCUGCCGACGUCUCAAACUUUCGUUUUCUGUGAGUGGCUUUGUGUGUGCCCCCCAAUGUUGCUGGACGAGACACCCCUAUUCGAACCCUCCCUUCUGGAGGAACUGGACUGGGCGGCCAGUGCUGUGUCCUUCUCUCCCCCCAUCACCCCCACUCAGCCUGGGGAGGGUCUGGUCCUACGGCCCCUCUGCACAGCUGAUUUUAACAGAGGAUACUACAAAGUGUUAUCUGAGCUCACAGUGGCAGGAGAGGUGACCCCUGAGCAGUUUAUCAAGAACUUUGAGCACAUGAAAAUGUCUGGCGAUUAUUACGUCGUAGUGGUAGAGGACACACAAGUCGGACAAAUUGUUGCCACGGCAACUUUGAUCAUAGAACACAAAUUCAUCCACAGCUGUGCAAAGAGAGGACGAGUUGAGGAGGUGGUUGUAAGCAGCACGUGUCGAGGAAAACAGCUAGGCAAACUGUUAGUGUCGACCCUCACCCUCCUCAGUAAGAAACUGCAGUGCUACAAAAUAACACUGGAAUGUGCCAAAACCAAUGUGGAGUUUUACAAGAAGUUUGGCUACUCUGUUUCUGAGGAGUCUUACAUGCAAUGUCGCUUCUUCGACUGAACUCUGAAGUCAUCACUGUGGAGAAUCAGCUUUGUGUGUGUGUGUGUGUGUGUGUGUGUGUGUGUGUGUGGCACGGCGCGGUCCCCUGAAAGCCCCCCCUUCAUCAUGCCCCAUAAUGCACUGGGGGAACUAGCCUACCUUGGCCAUGAGAGUGUGUCUACCUACCCUCAUCAUCCUCAUCCUCAGGGUUCAGGACCUGGUGAAAGAAGGCAUUUCUGCCAUAGCAGGAAAAUCGUGAAGUGGACACUCACUGGCAUGCAUGCGUAGGCAGCCGUGUAUUUAAUGUCUUGAAAUUGGGCCAAAAGUCAAUCCGUAAAUGCAAAGACAAACAGAAAUACUAUCAGUCUGCAUGUGGGUUGGUAUUCACUCAUGCACAACAAUGUGGAUAGACUUGUUUGGGACAGUUUACGUUUGAAUGAAAACAGAUAAGGCCCUACUGUUAAUUGCCUCGAAUGUAAUUUAUGUCAUGAACAUUUUGUAACUUUUCUCAGUUGAAGUAUCCAAAGAUUUUUGCAAUUGAAACAGAUAUCUUAAUAUAUAUUGAAACAAAAAAAAAAUCAAGUUUUGUUUUUUCUCCUUACUUUUAUAUUUUGUUCUCGGAUUUGUGGCAUAAGGUGUUGUAAUGGAUGAGACCAGAUGAGUUGAUCACUGGUCUAAAUGUGUUUCUUAUUGAACCUCUGGUUGAACAUCUAUCAAAUAGAUAUUAUUCUGAGCAAUGGAUUUUUUGUUUCCUUUUAAAAACUAUUUUAUUAGGAAAAAAACAUGGGGUGUAAAAGAGCUAUAAUUUAUUAACAUGGUGAGAGGUAUUUGGGAUUGUUAUGGUAAUGGAGACAGAAAGCUCAAAUAAGAUGAGCAUGUCAACAUGUUAUGGAAGAAGCACUUGAAGGAUUUUAUUUUGAUGUCCAGGUGUUAUUAAAGUCUUAUUUAUUCAA